AUGACAAACGCCGAGGUCGUUGCCGGGGUACAGACGGUCAUCACCUGGGCUUUACACCCUACAACGAGACUGAACACGGCCAUUGUCCCCAGCGAGCUCCGAGGUUUGGCUAUUGGUGCUUUUGCCUUCUCGUACAUCUACUAUAGUAACGGCAAGAUUGCGACUAGCAAUAUUAUCCCUAGCGCUUUACUAUACGGUGGGGCCACCGCUACUAAGUGUCCCUUACAAACAGCUGUACAAUGCGGCGCCAACUAUGGUGUGUAUUCGUGGGCGCCCCAAUUAUUCGACUAUACCACGACCUGCUCUACCGUCACUAGCUGCGACGCACAAUCGAUGAUCACGACGACAGCUACGCGCACUUUCGCCGCCGGUUCUAUAUUAACGAGUUCUCCUUCCGGGGGCAAAGGGCAGCAGGUCGCAAUGGCCUCGUACAUCAACCCCCUCGCUAAUCCGGCCGCCUAG